AUGAACGUACAUUCUCAACCUGCUCCACACUGGAAUCCUAUAUAUAUACGACAUAUUCUUUGCCUGAAAAUUGAACAAACAAACAACUUAAACAUGGACGAUCAACAACAAAUGCCGUGUUGGUACUAUGAAAGAGAAGAAUUAUAUAAAACACCAUCAUAUUAUGAUCAAAUUGACCAUGAAACAGAGACACGUCAUCGUAGAGAAGGUGCCAGAUUUUUAUCAGCUGUUAGUACCAAAUUAAAUCUUCGAUAUGAUACAUGUGCCACAGCGAUUGUAUUCUUCCAUCGAUUUUACAUGUUCCAUUCAUUUAAGGCAUUUCCACGUUAUGUAACAGCUGCUUGUUGUUUAAUGUUAGCUGGAAAAGUGGAAGAAACACCAAAAAAAGUUCGUGAUAUUGUUAAAACUGCUAGGUCAUUACUGUCUGAUGCAGAUUUCGAACAAUUUGGAAAUGAUCCUAGGGAAGAAGUAAUGGCAUUCGAACGAGUUCUACUAAAAACGAUUAAAUUUGACUUGCAAGUUUCACAUCCAUAUUCCUAUUUACUUCAAUUCGCAAAAAGAAUUAAAGGCAACCAAGAGAAACUGAAAGAAUUAGUUCAGAUGUCAUGGUCAUUUAUUAAUGAUAGUUUAGCAACAACACUAUGUUUACAGUGGGAACCAGAAAUAGUUGCAUGCGCUGUCCUUUAUCUAGCCACACGUAUGAGUAAAUUUACAAUAGAAGAUUGGGAAGGUCGUCAACCAGGUCAACGUUGGUGGGAAUGUUUUGUUGAAGGUAUGAGUACUGAAGUUAUGGAAGAUAUAUGUCAUAAAAUUUUAGACUUAUACCCUGCUGAUGGGAAUACUGGUGAUGAACAAGUUGGAAGUAAUAUUAACACAUCUACAACUAAAAUAACAACGAAUAAUAUUAAUUGUAACAGUAACAGUAAUGUAACUACAGGUGAAUUACCAAUUCAUCAUGUAACACAUUCAAUAUCAUUCGAUUCAAACAAAUAUCAUGGAAUAAAUAGUAAAGCAGAGCCACCUGCUAAAAGGCAAGCAUUAAUGCGUUCGUCAGGGAAUAAUAUUUAUUCAUCAACUGUACACACUGGUCAUUCAAGUGGUAGCAGUAAUAAUAAUAAUAUUAAUGUUACUUCAUCGAUGAUGAAUAACAAUACUGCAGUAAUGAAACAUGUUCCAUAUCCCUCACAUUAUCGUCUACCAGUUGGUGCAAUUGCUAAUAAUAAUAAAACAACUGUCUAUAAAUGA